AUGGACAAACACCCCCUUAAAAAUGAACCUACCUCAGAUAUAUCUCAUUUAAAACUUCACAAGCCUCCGGAAAUAUGCUUUGUUUGCGGCAAUCAAAAUCAGCCUUACAUCUAUUACUUAAAUACCAGACCAAUAGCAGAAAAACCUAAAGAACCUUAUUUUCCAUUCUUGGAAUCGCACGAACCUCCAGUAGGACACAUAUCAAAGAGCAGCCAUUCGGUGCCCGCUUGCUACUUGUGUUACAAGCUCUUACUAGAACAAUGGGACGCCUACGAGUUAACAUCGAAGCCGCACUCUGAGAGAUUGUACUGGCUCAAACGAGUCGAUAAUGGUCCUUAUACGGGAGCGGAUAUGGGCAUGCAAGGAGAGUACGCAGCUCAAAUGCUAGGUUUAAAUAACGACGGUAUCCCUAACAUAGGCCAUCGAAACAUCAUCGGUGUUAAGGACGAGGUAAAGUCGAAACUGAGCGGCAGGCAUUCACAGCCACCCGUUACGCCUAGGAAUGACGUCGAUACGAUCUCGGAAAGCGCUUUGGACCUCACGCAUCCGAGUCCGGCGCCCGCUACGACAGCUUUCAUUCAGUCCGUUCCUUCGUACGCCCACAGCCAAAAUUCCAAUUCGUCGACGAGCACCGACAUCCUCGAUUUGAGCAUGCCCGAUAAGAAUUCGUCGACGGAAGUGUGCUACGUGUGCGGCGACGAAUUCAAGCGCGGCAGCUUGGACUACGUCGCUUCCAAGCAGAUAAACGAUUCACCGUUGAAGCCUUUCUUUCCGAGCCUGAUCGAGCACCCGCGGCCGAGCAGGAGCAGGCCGAUCGAUUCGUCGGGGCGCGUGCAAGCUUGCAUCGAAUGCCAACAGCACUUGCUGAAGCAGUGGCAGACGUUCCAAGUGCAAGGUAUACCGCACGCCGAGCGCAAUUACACGUUGCGAAAAAGGCAGAGUUCGAAUUUAGACACCACUACUUUCAUAUGCUAUACGUGCGCUUUGGAGUAUCCGUCGAGCAGUAUUCGACUAUUAUAUUGCUGUCAGAACGCUGAGAAGGAACCGUAUUUUCCUUUUAUACAAACGCUCAAAGCGCCGCCGGGCGCUAGUCCCAUUAGUCCGCAAGGGAUGGUGCAGGUGUGUUCUAUUUGCUACAAAUCGAUACCGCAGAAACAUCAGGUCUUCGGCGGCGAUCCGGCUUCCGUUAGUGGAAAUCACGUUUCCGUUAACGAUAUAAUCCUCCACAACAACAAUUCGUCUAGGCCUAGUACUGUAAAAUCGCCGGCCAACAGCGCCGGCUCGGAUAUUAGAUAUAAACCGUACGACAUUAAUUCAAGCAUUAUGUUGAGUAACAAGAAAAAACAGCCGCUAUUAGAUGGCAGACAAAACGCCAAGCCGUUACUUUCUACUCGAACGACGUCACCGUCGCCGGACAUCAACGGGCAGAGCAGCAACCAGAACUAUCGCUGUUACAUUUGCAUCGGUCUGUACACGCGUUCCCAAAUGGAAUGGGUCAGUACGUCGGCGGAGGGUAUGAAUUCUCACGCGAUGCAUUUCCCUUGCUUGGCGAAAAUAUCCCGUUCGUCCGAGAACAGCUGCAUGGAUUCGCACGGGCGCGUUUUGAGCUGUACCAAAUGCGUCAAGUAUUUGGCCCAACAGUGGGAGGGUUUCGAAAACGAUAGGGUACCGUUAGAAAGAAGAAGAUAUGAUAUUCCUACACCAGAAACGGCAACUAACGGUGAUCAAGGCAUCCCCACGCCGCCUAGCACUAACAGCGAUAGAACGGUGUGUAGUAACAGCAAUCCCGCGACUGCAGGCAGCAGCAUUUACUGUUUCCUAUGCGGAUUGCAUUCGGAGUUAACGCUAGCUCGCGUUAUUUACAGCAAACCUCAAGGUCGCAACGCUCCGUAUUUCCCCUAUCUGCUGAGCCACAAGAGCCACCCGAACGCCGAGCAAUUGCGAGAGGACGGCUCGGCGUUGGUGUGCACGUUCUGCUAUCACAGCCUCGUCAGCCAAUGGAGGAAGUACGAGGCCCAAGCGGCCGGCGUCGUCUCGUCGGCCGACAAGCGCGACUACAACACGCACGAUUACUGUUGCUACGUGUGCGGCAUCACGACGUACAGGAAGCGCGUGCGCGCGUUGCUCAUCAAGGAUUUCCCGUUUUUGAAGUUCCACCCGCAGCCGGAGCACUCGCUGCUGCUGGAGAACGGCGACUACGCCGUGGUGUGCUUGGACUGCUACGAAACGUUGCGCACGCAAAGCUUGGAGUACGAGAGAUGGGGCCUGCCGCUCGACAAGCGCCAGUACAAUUGGAUCACGCAACCGCCGCCGCCCGAAGAUAGUCCCGAAGUUAUGGUGGCUAGAUUGCCUAGCGGUCAACGUAGCGAUAAAGUCGUGCCUCCGACUCUAGUGGCUAAACAGAACAAAAGGAACCAUUCGCCGAAAAUACCCGACAAAAAAGUCUCGAAAGGGGAAACGAGACCAGGGAUAUCGACCAGUCCUAAGCUCUCGUCUGCCAAUAGCUGUACGAAACCGCGUACAAUGAGCGGUCACGCGGUCUCCGGUCCCGGACCCGGUUUACCGAAUCCUUCGAAUCAGUACUCUCAUUCGUUCGCGGCGGCUUUGCGUAAUUUAGCCCAACAGACGGUACCCACCACUUCGGAGCAAUCGACUGUUAUCCAGGCGAAUUCCGAAACGUUCCGGAGAGAUCCAGGUCUAUCGUCUUUGCCGGAGAAAACGAAACCGCCUGCCGAAGUGCCUCCGUUCACCACCGCUAAUUCGGCUACACUUCGUUCGUUCGAACCUCGCCUACCGACUAAUCACGUCGAUCGCUAUCCAGCAAACUCCCUUUCGGACAUUACCCGGAGCGGAUUUCAACCCUACAGGCCCGAGGAGAGAGUACCCCAUUCUCAUGUAAACUUAGAAAUUCCGGGCUAUCCGCCGUACGGUUCCUACCCGACUUUACCUCUAUUAGAAGAACAAAUGUACUACGAAAGAUUGGGCGUAUUAAGAUCACCAUGGCCUUCGAUUGGUCAUCCGUACAUGCCUUACAUGAUCCCGAGCGCUGCUAUGCCUUUGUACAUGCACGAAAGGUUGAAAUACGAAGAAGAGCACCGUCGUCUAUCGGCGACCUCUCGCAAAGACGAGUACCACGAACGAGAGCUGAUCGAAAGGGACCUGCAAAUGCAGAGGGAGCGCGACCAGCGCGAGAAGGAGCGCAUGCAGCGCGAAAGGGAGAAGGCCCAAUCGCGCAUGUCGCCUCAUCUGUCGUCGGCGCACCUGUCGCCGCAAUCGUCGCUGAUGAUACCGAUGCUACAUCCCAGCACGAUGCUACCUCCGACGCCGAUGGGACUGACGACGCCGACGCGCCAAUCGCCGCUGGCGGCGUCGGCCUUCAUGAGCCCGCCGAAUCCGACGCAAGGCUAUUCGAUGCCGAGGUCGAGCCCGUCGCUGCAGAGACACUCGCCGAUGAAUUCGAAUUAUACGCUUAACCUUAGUCAACGUCAAAGCCCUGUGAUACAGCCCUCCGGACCCAUGAUCAAUUUGGGGCCAAAUAAUAGUUCGGCGAAGGUGUCUCCGAAGGCCAACGCGAAAUCCAAAGGUGACGGGAGCGUCGAAGCUGGUAAAAUGCACAAUAUCGGCGUUAAGAAAUCCGAUGACGGUCAACACUCGGACGGGAAGGUCGCCGAAACGAUCAGGGACGCGGGGAAUACGGCCUGA